GUUUGUGCUAAUGCUGGUCAUAGUCUACUAUAAUUUCUACCAUAUAUGGGCCUUGUCAUGACAAGUUAUUUUUAUUGUCCUACAAUAUAUUCCCUCUGUGUACAAUCAACAUCUCUGCCAAGGACAACAGAAACAGUAUGAUUGGAAACUACAGAAUUCUCCAUCUGCAGAGGUGGCUGGCUGAUUGCCGUAUUAGAUGCUUUGUGAGCUGGCAUUGAUGUGUAAAUCUCAACUCAUCUGCAAGCAUACAAAAUAGGCUUUGGGAUACUUUUACCACAAGAAGAGAGACUAGAAUGACUGUUGCCUGUGACAUAUGGCACAUACCCAUGACGAGGGAUCGGCUAGCUAGGAUUCCCCAUGAAUACAUCAAAUAGCUUUAUAUUCCCACUAACUUGAUAGUACAUAAUACUGAUAUGUAAGAAAAAUAAACAACAAAGUAACUGAAAAACGAACAGGUAUACUACGACUGAGCCACAAGGGGAAAGAUGGAAACAUUUGUGUUAAUUGUAUGAAAAAAAUGUGCCUAAGAUGUCAUCUUCCCAGCAGCAACAAUAUGAUCAUGCACAAACUAGCAUUGCUCUUCAGGCACACCCCAGGCUGCUCACACCAUUUUCUACAAGAUUUGAAGCCCAACAGGCAAAAGGGGUGAAUACCUUCAGCAUAAAAGAAAGUUAUUCUAUUCCAUAUCCUCACAUGAAACACAGCAAUAUUGUUACAAGCCAUUUUCACACAUUGAAGGCAUCAGCAAUGUGAUGAAGGCAAUUGAAGAAGCACUCAUGUUCUUUAUUUCCAUUGCAAUAAAAACCUACACUUGGUAAUAUGAAGGUGCAUGUGCCAAAUUCAACCGUGUACUGUUAUGAGGCACAUGGAACAGACAUUCCAAGGAAGUGAAAUAUUUGUAAUGCAGUUACUUAAUUUGUCCAGUCAGAAGGGCAAUGCGCUAAAUACAAAAAAAAAAAAACCUACAGGCCCACUAUGCAAUGCUUUUGCCAAACUAUCCAAAACUUCAAUGUGUGCAAGUCCACAUGACCAGGAAAAGAAGUAAACAAAUUUUUUGUACAGGUGUGGCCCUUAAUAAUGGCGGAAUAAAGGUUGCUGCUGAAAACAUAUAUGUCUGCCUCCCACCCCCCCCUUUGACCCUUCUAUUCAAUCUUGAAUCAUUGCUGUUCGCAUUCGAUUCGCAUUGCCGUUAAAAAAACGCGCCUCAAACUUCGCCGUUUCACUUGCGCCACCUUCAAAAGUAGUUGUAAUCAUAUUCGAAAGAUGGCGCGGCCAUGCAACCAAGGAACCCGACGCGCGUGUUUUGGUGUUUGCAUUUUCGGCAUUUUCUUUCGCUGUUUUCGGUGCUUUGUGCCGCUGUUCCUCUCCAGCGACAAUGCACGGAGGAUGCGGCUAUGUGCCGCCGCAUCUCCCGCAGAGUGGUCGCCGGCUCACGUAGUGCAGGUGUGCAAGUGGCGGAGCCUUCGUGCGCGGAUUUUCUUCGGUGCCAAAUCGUCGCAACGGACCCUUGUGCCGGCGGGCCGAGGUAGAGAAGCGCUGCGGCGAGCACUGUUGCGGCUGCUGCAGCGGCCGUUCACAUCGCCGCCUAUUGGCCUGCGUGCCGCGGCGGGAUCACGUUUGAAAUCUCUGCCCAGCAGAGCGACGGCGAUGUUCCCAUAAGAAAGCCAGCCGUGUUUAGCGCGUGAGUGCCGCUGUGUGCUUCGCCGGGAUACUGCAGAGCAGCGGGCGCUGCGUCGGCUGGAUUACGAUCGUGUGUGGUGCAUUUGCGACAACCGAGCACGGCUCUGUGACCGAGACGGGUGAUUUGAUGGAUGGUCCUCCGUAGUAAAGGCGGCAGUCCCGCGAAAGCAUGUCUUCCUCGACGAGGCCCCCAGGCCGGUCCACUCUGGCUAGGUCCAAAAGCCUGCGCCUGCCCAGACCUACCGUGCAGCAGCAGCAGUCCAAGGAUGACUCGGCACAACCAGAAGGCAGCUGUCAAUUGCGGCGCCAUGGCAGCAUGCGAGUCAUCGGUGGCGCGGCGCCAGCAGCGAUGAGUGCCUCGUAUCAUGGCUCCCUGCAGCCAGAGCCGCAGCCAGCACACAAGGCACAGAUCCCACCACCACUCCCAGGGCGCAGACCCACCAGGCCCGAGUCCAAGCCUGCUGCGGCGGGCGUGGGCAGGAGCAGCCCCGACGAGGCUACCCUGAGAGAGCACUUUGCCCGCCUUGUCCAGGAACACGACCGGCUCCAGGUGAAGUACGGCCGGCUGCGGGCGCACCUGGUGGAGCGCGAGUGUCUCAAGGAGCAGCAGCAGCCGGGUCCCAAGGGUCCCCUAGCUCCCAUCCCUGAGGACGAGGCAGACUCUCCGGACGGGGAGCUGCCUCCAUGUGUGCGUGAUUCCCCGCUCCUGAUGGGGCUGCACCUGGAGGCCCAGAGGCUGCAGCAGGAGCUAUGCAGGGCACAGCGCGCCUACUGGGACCUGGUGUUGGGCAGUGACUGUGGGGAUGACUCAGCCGAAGUCGUGGUGGACCUGCUGUCACAGCUGGAGAAGAGGGACACUGAGCUAUCGCGUGCACGGGGCCGGUGCGACCGCCUGUCCGAGGCCCUGGCACAGAGCGAACGAGAGGUGGCGGCAUGCAGAGACGCCUUGCACGACUACCAGCUGCAGAUGGAGGCUCAACGUGCGACCCAUGAGGCACUGCGCUCUCACGUGCAUGACCUGCAGGUUCAACUUGGUGAGGCUCGAGAAGGCUGCGAGUUCCUGCAGGCAGAGCGUGCCACCUUGGCCGAGGCACAGCUGGAGUCUGAGGCCGAGAUGCGGCGCCUCCGCGGUCUCCUCGAAGCGGCCCUAGAGACCUCGCGCGUUCUCUACCAGCGCUGUGCCAAGCUGUUUGCAAAGUGCCAGCAGAAGAGUGUGCGGCUGUCCCAGCUCGAGUCGCAGCUCGAGCGACCCAUCGCCGAGGCCACGGGGGCCAGCAGCGGUCAGGCCCUGGCCCAGCUGUCGGCCAAGCUGCAGGCCUUCCUCAAGACCAGCGUGCUCUUCGCUGCUUCGCACCUGCAGCUAGACUCGGAGGUUUUGGAUGAAAUCAUGGAUGACCUGGAAGGUUCUGGUGACGAGCACUUGCCUGCCCCUGUGCCACCCGUGCCACCACACAAGGACCGCGCCAGACUCGUGCCACUGCUGCCACUGGAUGCCUCCUUUGUCAAUGGAGACUCCGAACCAGGCUCGAGUUACGGCACGCCCGCUGAUGAGCUUCCAUUGACGAGCGCCUCGGCCGAGCACAGCUCCCUCGUACACGCCAUCUUGCAGGCGGCCGCAGGCUCCCAAUUGUUGGGACGGGGCAACGGCUCCACCGAAGGUGCCACACGGGCCGUGAAUGGCGAGGACCAAGUGCACGACAAACUAGCCGAGCGAAGGAACUCGUGUGUCGUGGAGCGCACCCUGGUGUUAGGGGUGAGUGGGGAGGGUGGACUUCUCGAAGGCUUGCCGACUGCAAGCUCCACGGUGGACGUAGCAAGUCAUCAGUCUGCAAGGAGCCCCACUGUGUGUCAUACCAAUGGUUUUCAUGCAGACGAUGGUGCAAUCACAUUCAGGCCCAACCACUGCCUCGGCAAUGGCCCAAGUGGUGGCAUGUCCUUGGACAACGGUGUCGGCAACCAAGGCCCCAGUGAUGAAGAUGCAGCCCAGUCGUCCGUAGUGGGCAAGCCCGUGGGCACAGUGCCACCCUUCCGCACAGUGGCGGCCACCGACAGCAAGCUGACGGCCGGUGCUGGCAGUGCCGGUCAUGAGCGGGCCGUGGCAGAACUGGCGUCUCUGUCGGGCAAGCUGGUCCGCAUCCACUCACUCGUGCAGGCCCGUGUCCAGGAGCGCUUGCGCACUGAUCACGAACAGAUUGAGGAGCUGAAGCAGAACUUGGACACCGUGUGCCAGCAGAAGUCACAGUGCAGUCUCGAGGCUGGCGAGCUCAGGCGUCAGCGAGACCAGGCAUGUGACCAUGCACAGCGGCUCGAGCAACAAAUGGCCUCCCUCCAGGACAGCCACGCACGGGAAGUGGAGCUGCUGUUCCAGCAAAUGGGUGACCUGAAGGAGAAGAACCGCUGCCUGUCGGCCGUCAACCAGGAACAGGGUCGGCAAUUGCAGGAGGAGCUGUCCCAGCGGGGCUUCUCCUCUGAGGCGGAUGCCAUCUGUGCCAAGCUGCAGCUGCGCCAGGAGCUGGAGCAGCUGCGUGAGGAGCUGCUGCUAAAGGACGAGCAGCUGCGCGCCCUGGCGGCCAAGUUUGGCCGCUUCCGCAAGGCGUACGAGGACAACUACCAGCGAGCCACUGACGACAUCGACAAGCUGGACACCAUGCUCGAGCGUGUCAUUGAGACACUGGAGGCUGAGCCCGAGGCCGUGUCUGGCUGCCCUGCGCUAAGGCAGCUACUGCACAACCUGCACGGCGGAGGUGGGGCCGGCGAUGCAAGCACGCCCCACCAGAGCCCACCAUCUGGUGGCAGUCAAGCCAACCGCAAGAUGCCUACUGCUCUCUAGCAUUGCCAGUUUACACAGGCUGUCAUCUGCCAGCGAGGGAACCACCACCUUGUUUCUGCAGAGCCUUGCUUGCAGCGUCUGACCGUCCACAAGCACUGGGAACUGCUGUGCCCUUGUGGUGGCAUCUCCACGCACAACACAUCCAGCGCAAUAGGGCUGUUUUGCCCACUGAUGGACGGCUUUUUAGCAUCGUUGUAACACAAGUGCGCUGACAUGCAUCAGCCUCACAUUUUUUAUGCCUGUGUAGAAAAGUUAUUUUUAUUUGCUUAGUUUGCCUCUCUUAGCUAUAGUUUUAGAUACAGAUGUUUGUGUUUAGUUUUUAGCCGUGAACAAAUGAUUUUAUUCAUUCAGUUGCACCAUUUCUUGACAUCAUGAAACUUGGUGUGUAUACAUGUCUGUGCUUAUGUGUGUGUACGUGUGCAUGUGCAUGCAAUGUAAACACAUAUUUAAUUAUAAUCCACACACAUAUUUGUCACUGAUGAAAGCGUAUGCAGGAAGAGGUGAAAAGACCAAGUGUAGGACCACGGAGGGAGAACACGAGAGAGAAAAGUCCUAAUUUAUUCCCCCACAGUUCACCUCGUGACAUUCCGCAAAAGUUGCUUGGCACCAGCGCCAUCAGUGUGCUCUCAGGGUAGCUACACCAUUGUCCACAUGACUUGCAGUUUUUAUCCUAGCUGCCUGUUUCACUUUUCUUUGCUUGUUUCGACAAAGAGGGAAUUUGGUUCAACUCUUUGAUGUUUUACGCCAGACCUUUCGCCUUUUCUAUCAAUUGCAAAAAUUCUGGUUAUUGGUUGUUCCAUCUUGUUGUAGCAAGUGUUGCGUAAAUAGGUCCACAUGACUCUUCCAGCUGGCUCAUUCCCACCCAAGCUUUGUGCAGGAGAGGUUGCACUUUGCGGUGGGGUUCAGUUUGAUUUGUGAGCAUCAUUACAUGCCUUGGGUGUAAAACUGCCCCGAGCUGGUUGAUGUCCAUUAUAACAGUAGCGCAAGUGGGAUGGACGGCACAGAAAAGAGAAGCACGCACAGUUGUUAGUUCAGCACUUAGUCUUGUGCACUUCCUUUUGGCAUCUCAUUUGAGCUUCCAUUAUAAUGCCAGCUGGCAUGGUUGCCAGCUUGCUUGUUUCAUUCCCAAUAAAGCCAAAGUGCACAUCGCCUGUGGCGACUGUGCUAAAGCAAUGUUGGUUUUGCUGCAACAAAACGGUGACAUCAUCCGACUCCGCUACAGUGAAAGACGCAUUGUAUCGUCGCUGUCACAGAUACCACCAUUUCGCUGCAGCAAUUCAAACAAAAAAUUUUUUUAAUGCCGUUGUCAUAGACAAUGCACACUUUGGAUUUAUUCGAACUGAAUAAAGCAAGUAACGCUUGCAAAAUGUGGUAAUAAACUGAAAAAGCAAAAUUUUGCCCAUGCCUCCGUGCAAAAUUUGGGUGGCAAUGAGCUAGCUGCAAGAGUCGUGUAGACCUAUUUAUGCAAGACUUGAUACAUGUGUAUAUACUUUCAUCCAUAUCGCAGUUGUCAGCUGGCACUGUCAAAGCCCUCGCAUUAUAACAGAAAAUGCUCUAUUCUGCAAGCACAGGAGGUACCUCCAUUAAAAUUACACAUUUGUUUUAUGUUUUGGCACCGAUGGCAUGAGUGGCAGAGCAAGGCACCAUCUAAACUAGGGUGUGCUUCCUUUGUGCAAGUUCAUUCAGAAAAGUUCCUUGAGCUGGCAAAAUAAUCCGCAGCAGCAAAGUCCCUGAAAUAGACCACUGUGAUGUAAAAACGUAUUGCUUGUCAGUAUCUGCUGUCUUGACUGCUGCUUGGGUGCUGCAUUUAAAGCUAAAUGACCGUUAAUAAAGUCUGUAUGUAUCCUUCGAAAGGUGUGAGCAAGUGGCACAAUUAAAAAAAAAUGUGUGCUAUUCCUCACCCCCCCCCCCACCUUUUUGUCAAGUUCGCAGAGUUUUCAUGAGAGUUCAUGACAGGGUGGCAGGCAUGCACUCAUGAGCUUCAAAAACAUUGUUGGCCAGUCUACAGUCGCAGUAUCCUAGGAAGCGUGCGUUGCUGCAGUCGGUCCUUUGAGCAACUGAAAUCUGGUUGCAGCAAGUGACUCUACUCGGGUGGCUGCCUCCUUAACUGUGCUCUGAAGGGAUAAUCUACAUGUCCUGAGUGCACUUUUGUGCUUCAGAAGAACUUCACAUUGGCCCAGUUGGUGUUUGCUGCACAUCAUAUUGACUGCAAAUAAAGACAGGGGACAGAGGGAGAGAACACAUAAACAGCACGGGCGGUAAUAGGUCAGGCCUUUUCGGGUGAUGGAGAGCUUUUCUACUCCGUUCCUCAUACAGAUAUAUUUGUUGCUGUGAGGACGUGCACUGAAGAACAUGGCACUAUUCCCUUCCGGAAUUCAGUUGGUAUUUCGGUGGAAGAUCCUUUAACUCUUUUAGAAACCUAUCUUAAUAGCACUUUUAUCAGUUAUGACGAACACUUCUUUCUGCAGAAACGUGGAAUCUGCAUCGGCUCGUGCAUUGCGCCACUUUUGUGUAACAUUUUUUUAGCUACCAUUGACAAAGCUCUUGAUCAGGUGUUUGGGGGGAGUUUUUAAACAUUUUAAUACUUUUAGGUAUAUGGAUGACUUUUUAAUUGUUUUUAACAGGCAAGGAAGUUUAACUUCUUGUGAAAGCAUUCUAGCCAUCUUUAAACAACUUGGUAAAGGGCUUUCUUUUACUCACGAACUUCCACUCGACAAUUCCCUGAGUUUUUUAGACCUACGUAUUUCCUUUGCUAAAAUCCACGCGUGCUGACAGUACUUCCCUCGGGCACAGAAGGGUUUGGUGCCAUAUGACUUCUCCCAGUCAAAGGUUGUUAAGCGAGGAGUAGCGGUGCUCUGCUUAGAAUCGGCUCUCCGCAAAUCGUGUGUGCACAAGAUGCAGCUUGCCUUUGACAAUCAGAUUUCCCGUCUUAAGACGGCAGGGUUCCCUGACCUGAUAGUAAUGCCAGUGGUGGAAACCCUCCUGCAGAAGGUAAAAGGAUCUAGGAGCAAAGCAAGGGUGAGGACGACUACUAUGGCCGUAAAACCUGAAGUGGUGCCGUAUAUUCUCAGGGUCACUCACAACCUAAGGAAGGUGGCAGGCAGGUCUUUUCAGCCCCUUUUAAGCUGGCGCGGUUCUGCCCCGAAACCUCCCGUGAUCCUAAAGGAAGGCAACGCUGUGGCAAGAACCACACCAAGCCGUAUGCAAAAUGCAAUGUAGGAGUUGUGUACGAAAUCCCCCUGGUGUGUGGCAAGUCCUACAUAGGGAAGACAGGACGGUGCCUGAAUGAUCGAGCCAGGGAACAUGAACAAAAGUAAACGAAAGAUGAAUUGGCGCACUUGCCUGCACACUGCAAUGCCUGUCACUGUGCACCUCUUUUUAAGGAGAUAAAGAUUCUGGGGAGAAGCCAGGACCAGACUGCACGCGAACUGAUGGAGGCUUAUCACAUAAAAAAGAAAGGCCAAGACUGUGUUAGUGACACUUCCAUUAGGUUGUUUCAAUCGGAAAUAGAUUUUUUUUUAUAAUUGAUUGCCACGCUAGGCUGAUGAGUUUUUUUGUUUGCUGCGUUCUGCGCAUGUUCUAUAUGUUUAUAUAUGCCCACGGACUGCCGUGAAUAAAACAGUUGAAAGUUACCGCCCGUGCUGUAUAUGUGUUCUCUCCCUCUGUCCCCGUCUUUAUUUGCGGUCAAUAUGAUAUGCACUUUUGUGCAUUGCAAAAGGGAGAACAUAAUUAGUGAUGUAGGCAAGGUGUCCGUUAAAACAUGUGCCAAAUUUGGUUCACUCAUCUUCAAGGCAGCACUCUGAAAGCACAGACACAGAUGGAAGGCACAUGGCCGCCUCCUGCGUCCACGUCUCUAGCGCUGCCCUGAAGAUGAACAACCAACUAGCCGAUGCUUUCACUUUAAUUAAUUGACUCAUGGAUAAUGCAAACUCGGCUAAUUCAAAAUGCUGGUAAACUAAAAUAAACGUCACACUUGUUGUCGACGAAUUAUGUUUCCAAUUCGUUUCGAGGUCAUCCAGUUCAAACGCUAUUGGUUCGUGCAGUCCUAGCAUCUUCCCAGAGCAGAGGAAUGUGGCCAAAAUGGCUGACGAGAGAACAUUCACGUGGCAAGAGUGGGCUCGAUGUAUUCAGGCUGCUGUCUAUGGCCACCACUGCCAGAUUGUGCCGUGAACCGAGCCACGUGUUUGAGGCUAAGAUAUUCUCAUUUGCUCUACUGUCCCAUAGAAUAUCUGCACCUUAUGUGUUCAUAUAAGAACUUGUAAUUUCAUUUUGGACCAUAUUCGGUUAAUUGCCAUUUCUGAAAAACAACAGCUGUGUCUGCUAGGUGUUUUGAAUGCAGUUUGUCUCUUGAAUAGUCAGUCAGCUCAGUAGAAUAUAUCCACUUUUAUGCUUGACGUAGCUGCAGUUUCGCCACCUGAAUGUGAAUUGGGUGUUCCCUGGCGUAUUGUGUGCAUCUCAAGUGGGUGUACGAGAGACUUUCUCGUGCUGCGGCCAAGCUUUCCUAGAGUUGAUGUUCUGUGCAUUCUGCGUGCUUGCUCUGUGGUGUUUACGAACAGCUGUCUUUUCUUUUUCACUCCCUAUUACACUUGUACUUGCCACUAGUUAAAAUUGAUUCUUCAAAGACCUUUCAUGGCAUGUCCCCUGCAGUGUGACACAACUUUGUUUAGUUUGAGACAUGAACACGAAAAAACGUGCUUGUCUGGUCGGAAGUUCUGCUUGGCAUAUGUGCACUGCUUUUUGGGCACAAAAUGAGGAGCCUUAAACUGUCUGUACGUUGCACAUCAGAAUUGUGUUCAAGGAAGUCGGGACGCAUACGAAACACCCAGAGCCUUCUGUCUUUAUUUGCACCACAAUGGCUUCCUUGAGUAACAAAGUAAACCUUAAGUUGGGAGUCGGCUGUACUAGCUUGUUUUUGGAAGCAAUAGUGCACUGUUAUUUUGACAUCAUGUGGCAUGAUGUGGCACGGGCAACACACAAUGACAAAAAGAUGACACACAACAACUUUGUGUAAUUUGUAUCGGUGCACAAAAAAGUCCACUCGUCAUCCUUUUAGAAAUUCCACUUAUUUUUCUGACAUCGCAACUGAAGGCUUUGACAUUCAAAGGUCAAAGUGAUGGACUGUCAAUUCCUCUGCAAUAAGUUAUGCAAUUAGCUGGUAGCUGAUAUUAACUACCAUUAUGAAUAGUCCCUCUGAUUAGCUAGUUAGCUAAUCAGAGGAACUAUUAAAGCAGAAGUGACAGCACGCUUUGGUGAUCUUUGCAAGUGAAAGCCUCAAGUUGCGACAUCAGAAAAAGAACUAGAAUAUUUAAAAGAAUCAUAUGUCAGUGCUGUUGAUGUUUAAGAAAACAAACAAAAAAGCAGUUGAAAGUUGCCAUUACGUCAUGUACAGGUUUAAGUUUCCUUUUUUUAUGCUUAUAUUUAAGACUGCCUACAUAAAAUCGUGCAUCACCACUUCACCCAAACCACUGUGUUUGUCAAGUAUCCAUUUGUGUGUUCACAUUGCUUAAAUCACUUUUCCUGUUCAAGUGAUGGCGAAUGUGAUUAUUUAAAGCUUAUCACUACUUUCAGCAUUUUGAUGGAGAUCCUUGUUUUAAUCUCUGCAUUUUAUCUUUGUACUUGAUUUCCUUUUGCCUUGUAAGUUGUUCAUUUGAGUGUGUUCACCCACAGUUUUAUUUCAUCGCUCUCUCGUUAAUUAGUCAUAUCUGUGGAUCAUACUGUGCAACAAUAUAUUUCAUGUUUGGAUUCCCACCACAGCUUCAGAUAACCUUAUGCGUUUUUUGUAUGAAUGCAUUUAUUUCUCUAGAAAUCACAAUUAUCCUUUGUAAGCUGUACUCAUCUUGAGAAAGAAUAGCUAGUGUAACAUUUUGUGGCAUCAGGUUAUAUGAGCUGGCCGAUAUGAUUAAGGCCUGGUUUUGGAAGCUACUUGAAUGUUUGCAGCUAACCAACUUUCAAGUUACCUUUGUUACUACAGUGUUCAUACUUUUCCUCAAAACACUUUAAGACCCUUAAAUUUGGAAAAACAGAUUCAAGGGCCCUUAAAGCUCCUUGAAAAUAAACAUGCUCCUUGAGUACCUUAAAAACUGGGGCUGACUUUCAAGCAUUCAAAGUAACAAAUUCUGCUCGGUGGCUGUGCCAUGGGCACUCAAGAAACCAACCUAGAUACAUUUUCCGUAGAGCGUUGCUAAACAAUUGCCAUCCACAGCCACCAAAGUUACAGGCUUGUUUAAAUUACCAUUGCUUUAGUGGAGCUAGACAAAGAUCAAACGACCAAGCCGGGCCACCAUUUUGUUGUUUUGCUAGUUGGUUCACAUGGAAGCCAUUAUGGCUCCAUUUUUUAGCCCUGGCUCUGCCUGGUGGAAAGUAAGUUUUAGCCACUUGGCUUUAGCACGACGGGUAUCUUAAUUGGCUCAAGCUGGGCAUGACUAACCGUCAAGGUGGCUGACAUAAUUGCAAUAGGAAAGUUAGCUUAUAAAAAGUGACCUAAAGAGCUUGAAACAUGUGUCCAACUCAAGCUGCUUAGCUGCAGGAAAUGCUGCUAGGGAGGAGAUUUCACUACUAUUUAGUUUAUGUGCAAGAACAAGGUUUGAUUCCGUCUCCUCGAAUUUUGAGCUUUGCCAUCCUUGAAAUCCUUCAAUUGUCCUUGGAUCUUGAGUCAAAUGUACUGUACAAAUCCUGUCCUAACUUCAUAUUCCAUUUCUUUUCUGUCUAGAUGAUGUUGUGGAGAUCUACUUGCAAGCAUAGUUGUGGCUUUGCACUUGUUCUAAUAUGUGCCAACUCGGAGCACUGCUACAUAUUGCUAUGAAAGACCCCGUUUGCAUGGCUUCAAUUUUAUGACACCGUGCCACUAAUUAAACAACCUAUAUCAGUGCUUGGGGCAAGUGUAGUACUGCAUCUGCUGAAUCCUGCUGUAGGAGUGCAGUUUGCCUUCCGUAAAUAACCAUGUUGCACACUUGUAUCCUGUAGCAACGCUUCUCUAGCUAUACCAAAGAACUUCCAAAAAUGUCAGCACAACAUUUUUCGGUAUUCAUCUGUAACAGCACAGUUAAUCAGGAAUGGUCAAGAGAUGGUUGUACUUGAGCAGACAUAGUAUAGGUUUUUGUUCGUGAACAAAAAAUGUCAAAUGUGUACUUUGGUUCUAUGUUUUAUCUUAGAAAGUGUGGUUUUAGUAUCGACAGACAGAAAACACGCUUUUGUGUAAGCUGGACACAAAGCAAAAGCAAAGGUGCAUCACGCCAUUUUGUAAAGCACUGGUUACCUGCGUUACCCAGCGAAUCCACAGCUUUAAUUGUGUCUUGAUUGUGUGUACAGUCUGGUACAUUCUUGAACAGAUGGAGUAACUUGUGAAAAAGCUUACUAUAUUGCGAAAUUUUAUUGUGAAAAAAAUUGAUGACUAGACAGAUCAUGAAAAUAUAAUCCACAUAGCCGUAUGCAAUAUUUCAGCGGCACUCGGCAACAGCUUUUAACCGUGGGUCAUACCAUGAUCAGUCAGCUGUUCUGGAGUGCAAGGCUGUGUUGUUUCAGUGUUCAUUUGGAGGAAGCAAUUGUUGCUGCACGAGUUGGGCUUUUAUUUUAAGUUAGUGCCAAAGUAUGAUCUGCAAGAUGAAGCUGAGCUCUGGUUCUUGUAAAUAAAAAAGUGAGAAACUGAC